AUGAGUGAAGAAGGGAAAGAUAACCAGAAGCUGCAGCGACCAGCUCCUCGUCUCAACGAGAGGAUUCUCUCAUCCUUGUCACGACGGUCCGUAGCUGCUCAUCCAUGGCAUGAUCUCGAGAUUGGACCUGGAGCUCCACAGAUUUUCAAUGUGGUUGUUGAGAUCACAAAAGGAAGCAAGGUCAAAUACGAGCUUGACAAAAAGACAGGACUCAUCAAGGUUGAUCGUAUUUUGUACUCAUCAGUUGUUUAUCCUCACAAUUACGGUUUCGUUCCUCGCACUCUGUGUGAAGACAAUGACCCCAUUGAUGUAUUAGUCAUCAUGCAGGAACCUGUGCUUCCAGGUUGUUUUCUGCGUGCACGUGCUAUUGGAUUAAUGCCUAUGAUUGACCAGGGUGAAAAAGAUGACAAGAUCAUUGCGGUUUGCGUUGAUGAUCCAGAGUACAAGCAUUACACUGACAUCAAAGAACUUCCUCCUCACCGUCUCUCUGAAAUCCGUCGCUUCUUUGAAGACUACAAGAAGAAUGAGAACAAGGAAGUUGCAGUCAAUGAUUUUCUGCCAUCUGAGAGUGCUGUUGAAGCUAUCCAGUACUCAAUGGACCUUUAUGCUGAAUACAUUCUCCACACCCUGAGACGUUGA